AAUGUCAGUUCUUGAAAUAAAUAAAUUGGCCAUGGCUGAUGUCGGAGAUAAUAAACAUCGAGAAACAAAUUUCCAUGAAGGAAAAGGUAAAAAUUGCUAAAAUAUUAUAGUUAUAUAUGAGUGAGUUGCAAGUGUGUGUUUUCGAUCAAAUCUUCGUACCCAGUUCUACCCCUCGUGUACUUGUGACAUUGAAACGAGUUCUUUUCUUAUUUGCUGCUCGGAUUUUGGUGCUGAUACUGAAGGAACAUUGAUUUGUAACUGCAUUACGCUUUAAGUGCCGAUUCUGUGUGAAGACUGUCGAAAAUGACCGGGGGAUCGGACAGGACACUCUCUUCAGUCAACCAGGUGGUGGGUAGACUUAAGCUGCAGCUCGCAGACCUGCCCAUGACGGAGCGGCCGGCGGCGGGCGGGCGCGGGUCGCGGUCCGCCGGCCACGGUGUCCAGGUGGUGACCACCGGCCCCGACCACACGUUCGAGUUGGACGAGGCGGCGCUGGAGGAGCUGCUGUUGCGCGAGGACGUGCGCGAGCGCACCGCCGUCGUCGUCUCCGUCGCCGGCGCCUUCCGCAAGGGCAAGUCCUUCCUGCUCGACUUCUUCCUGCGGUACAUGCACCACAAGUACGGCUCGGGUGGCGGCGGCGACUGGCUGGGGUCAGAGGACGAGCCGCUGUCGGGGUUCAGCUGGCGCGGCGGCUCCGAGCGCGACACCACCGGCAUCCUCAUGUGGUCGGAGAUCUUUAAGGCCACGCUCGAGGACGGAGAGAAAGUGGCCAUUAUCCUGCUGGACACGCAGGGCGCCUUCGACAGCGAGUCCACGGUGAGGGACUGCGCCACCGUUUUCGCGCUGUCCACGAUGCUGUCCAGCGUGCAGAUCUACAACCUGUCGCAGAACAUACAGGAGGAUGACCUGCAACAUCUGCAGCUGUUCACAGAGUACGGGCGGCUGGCGUUGGAGGACGGCGGGCGCACGCCGUUCCAGCGGCUGCAGUUCGUCGUGCGCGACUGGAGCUUCCCCUACGAGGCCCCGUACGGCGCCGACGGCGGCCGCACCAUACUGCAGCGCCGCCUCAAGGUGUCCGACAAGCAGCACCCCGAGCUGCAAUCGCUGCGCAAGCACAUCACGGCGUGCUUCGCCGAGAUCGCGUGCUUCCUCAUGCCGCACCCCGGCCUCAAGGUGGCCACCAACCCCGACUUCGACGGUCGCCUCGCCGACAUCGAGGGCGAGUUCAAGCGCGCGCUGCAGCAGCUCGUGCCCAUGCUGCUGGCGCCGCACAAUCUCGUGCCCAAGCUCAUCAACGGCCAGCGCGUGCGCGUCAAGGAGCUGCUGCCGUACUUCCGCGCGUACAUGGGCAUCUACCGCGGAAACGAGCUGCCCGAGCCCAAGAGCAUGCUGGUGGCCACCGCCGAGGCCAACAACCUGACGGCGGUGGCGGCGGCGCGCGACGCCUACACCACGCUCAUGGAGGAGGUGUGCGGCGGCGCGCGGCCCUACCUGCAGCCCGCCCUGCUCGACGCCGAGCACGCGCGCGCCCGCGACAAGGCCCUCCACGCCUUCCACUCUAAGCGCAAGAUGGGCGGCGACGACUUCAGCAAGUCCUACUGCGAUCAGCUCGUGCUGGACCUCGAGGAGCAGUUCCAGCAGUUCAGGGCCCACAACGAGAGCAAGAACAUCUUCAAGGCGGCGCGCACGCCCUCCGUGUUCUUCGCGAUAGCGUUGUUCUUCUACGUGCUGAGCGGCGUGUUCGGGCUGGUGGGGCUCUACCCCGUCGCCAACCUCUGCAACCUCGUCAUGGGCAUCUCCCUGCUCACGCUCGCACUCUGGGCGUACAUCAGGUACAGCGGCGAGAUGAGAGAGUUCGGAGUCUCCAUCGAUGACAUGGCCAACUGGCUAUGGGAUAAUGUUAUGAAGCCGGUGUACCAGGCGGGGCUGGAGAAGGGCAUGGAGCACGCGGCGGCGGCGGCGGCGGAGCGCACGCUGGGCCCCUCGCCCUCCGCCGGGGACCUGCGCGCCAACGGCAAACACAAAACCUCGUGAUGCCGCCCGCCGCCCGCGCGCCCUCUCCCCCGCGCCCCGCAUCCGCCCUCACCUUGCGACUUGCCAAACGUACAGGGUUGUGACGUAGGUUUUAAAUUAUUUUGGAUAGUCUACUAUUGAUGACCCUAUGCAGCAUAGGCGAUUAAACAUACGAGUACUCGGAGGGAGUGACCGGCCCCGGCGCGGCCGCCGGCGAGCCGGUCGUUUCUGGUGCCGGGGUCGAAACGGGGCCCGAUCGCGAUAAUUGUGAAUUAUGUUUUAGUGCGAUGCUCCAUGUAAAUUUCGAGGAUAUAUUUAGUGGGUGCGAAAGUUUUUAGUGCAAAUUUUGUCGAGCAAUAAUUAGCCGGAGUGAAACUGUGUGCGUGUGAAACGAACAGUGUGCGAGUGAACGUCGACCGAAGGGAGAUCUACGUGCGUUUUUAAGUAGUCGGUUAGUUUUGUCAAAUUUUAUGGGAGCAGCGUAGACCGGUGGCGGUAGGUGUACAGUCAUAGAGAAAUUUAUUGUUAACAUAUUAUGGUGAUGAUCGAUUAUUGCUUUUUUAAUCUCGGGGGUCGGGAGUGCGGCUGGAGUCGCUCUCCUCUCCGCACUGGUUGCGUACUAUCAAACUAUCUUAUGAAAACGAUAUUAAACCUAGCAGUAGAUUAAUGAAGCAAUAACAUUAGACUAAAGAUUUUUUUAUUUUAAGUAUUAAUUAAAUCAUGAGAGUAACGAAUGUAACAUACGCAUAUUACAAAUUUUAAUAUAUUUAUAACUUUAA